UGUGUAAAAAAGUAUAGCUGUCAACUGUCAUGGCUGUCACCCACCCGCACGUCUUUCGUCAGACUUUUUGUCUUUCCGAAUCUGACAGCUUUCAAAAGCAUAGGCUGAACCAUGGCUCCUAGGAAAAACAAAGUUGCUAAAGAGGAGGUUCAAGUGACCCUGGGCCCCCAGCAUUUGGUGGGCGAGACUGUUUUUGGGGUUGCUCACAUAUUCGCCUCUUUCAAUGACACAUUCGUCCAUGUCACCGAUUUAUCCGGUCGGGAAACCAUUGCCCGUGUUACUGGAGGCAUGAAGGUUAAAGCUGACCGUGAUGAAGCUUCUCCAUAUGCUGCCAUGUUGGCUGCUCAGGAUGUAGCAGAGAAGUGCAAAACCCUUGGAAUCACAGCUUUACACAUUAAGCUCCGUGCCACUGGUGGCAACAAGACAAAGACUCCUGGACCUGGUGCUCAGUCUGCUCUCCGUGCCCUUGCUCGCUCCAGUAUGAAGAUUGGUCGCAUUGAAGAUGUGACUCCAGUUCCAUCAGACUCCACCCGCAGGAAGGGUGGUCGCCGUGGUCGCAGAUUGUAAUUUAGUGUAAGCUUACUGUGGACUUUCAAUAAAAGUUUUGCAGUA